AUGGAGCCAAAGGGGUCCCAUUUAUGGAGGAGAGAGGGGCUCGGAAGAAAGCAGGAGCACCAACCCUCAGGAGAAGGAAACACUGAGAAGCACAGAGCCUCAGACCUGGAGCAAUGGACUCGACAUAUGGAGGCUAUGAAGACACAGUUGCUGGAGCAAGCCCAGGGACAAAUGAGGGAGCUGUUGGAUCGAGCUGUGUGGGAGGCGGUGCGAUCCUAUCCACCAGAGGGGGGAUCCUUGCUCUCUAGUCCUCCAAAUUCCUUAAGCAAGACCAAGGAGGCGGCCCUUGGAAAACAGAAAGUUUUCAUCACCCGCAAGUCCCUGCUUGAUGAGCUCAUGGAGGUGCAGCAUUUCCGCACCAUCUAUCACAUGUUCAUCGCUGGCUUGUGUGUCUUCAUCAUCAGCACCCUGGCCAUUGACCUCAUUGAUGAGGGCAGGCUGCUGCUGGAGUUCGAUCUACUCGUCUUCAGCUUCGGACAGCUACCCUUGGCGCUGAUGACAUGGGUCCCCAUGUUCCUGUCUACUCUGCUGAUGCCCUACCAGACCCUCAGGCUGUGGGCCAGGCCCCGGACUGGGGGUGCCUGGAUCCUGGGGGUGGGCCUGGGCUGCGUGCUGAUGGCCACCCACAUCGCAGUCCUCGGAGUCCUCCCCAUCCACGUGGCCGUGGAGCACCAGCUCCCACCCGCCUCACGCUGUGUCCUAGUCUUUGAACAGGUCAGGCUCCUGAUGAAAAGCUACUCCUUCCUGAGAGAGGCUGUGCCAGGAAUCCUUCGUGCCAGAGGAGGGGAGGGUAUCCAAGCCCCCAGUUUCUCCAGCUACCUCUACUUCCUCUUCUGCCCUACACUCAUCUACAGGGAGGCUUAUCCCAGAACACCCCAUGUCAGAUGGAAUUAUGUGGCCAAGAACUUUGCCCAGACCCUGGGCUGCAUUCUCUAUGCCUGCUUCAUCCUGGGCCGGCUCUGUGUUCCUGUCUUUGCCAACAUGAGCAGGGAGCCGUUCAGCGCCCGGACCUUGCUGCUCUCUGUCCUGCAUGCUACACUGCCAGGCAUCUUCAUGCUGCUGCUCAUCUUCUUCGCCUUUCUCCACUGCUGGCUCAACGCCUUUGCGGAGAUGCUGCGAUUUGGAGACAGGAUGUUCUACCGGGACUGGUGGAACUCAACCUCCUUCUCUAACUACUACCGCACAUGGAACGUGGUGGUCCAUGACUGGUUGUACAGCUAUGUCUAUCAGGAUGCACUGUGGCUGGUUGGUGGUCGGGCACGAGGGGCAGCAAUGUUGGGCGUGUUCCUGGUUUCUGCAGUGGUCCAUGAGUACAUCUAUUGCUUUGUCCUGGGAUUCUUCUAUCCUGUGAUGCUGAUGCUCUUCCUUGUCUUUGGAGGGCUGCUGAACUUCACAAUGAAUGACCAGCACACUGGCCCAGCAUGGAAUGUUCUAAUGUGGACACUGCUCUUUCUGGGCCAGGGCAUCCAGGUCAGCCUUUACUGCCAGGAAUGGUAUGCACGGCGGCAUUGCCCCCUGCCCCAGACAACCUUCUGGGAGCUGGUGACCCCUCGAUCUUGGUCCUGCCACAUCUAG